GCGUUCAAGUACCUAAGAGCGUUUGGGAACUCCCUUUUAAUUCUCACCUGGAGCCUCUUGAAGAGUAAGCAGAGAGGAGUAUCUCAUGCCAGAGGAGAGCACAGUCUGCAAGUACUGUUCAAGACUGGCUGCUCUCUAAGGAACAAGAGUUUCCUAAGAAAACCGGAAUACUGUGGAUAUGUCUCACCUGAACUUUCCAGACCAGAUUAACAUGGACCGUCCGAUGUAAAGGAUUUUAUAGCACCGAGCAAAGAAACUGAGGGAUCCCGGAGUUACAGGCUGCGCAAUGUCAUCUGGCCGUGAGUCUGUAGGGGAUCUGAUUCCCCCAGAUAUGCUGCAGGUGUUUAAUGAGGAGUGGCAGGGCAGCAGGGGCAAACGGGGCAGGAGAAAGGCAGGAUCCUUCAGCCGUGCCUUCAAGUGGUUGAAGAGCCAGCGUAGGAAAACCCGCCAACGUGGUACAGAGAUUCAUGGAGACUUGCUCAUCGCUGGAUCACCUGUAGAACUACCAAAAUCUACACUUGCAACAGGCCAUAAAGAGGAAGCUGUGGGUGCUACUUCUGUUCAGGGGUUCCAAGAAAAUGUGUUUGUGGAGGGUAAUCAGCCUAAAUAUGUGUUGGACCUUCACACAGAGGCACAGCAGGGCCUUAAAAUGCAGCAGCAAGAGGAUGAUAGGAAUGGGAUUGAUUACCCUGAUGACCAAAGUAUGAUUUCAACAGUAACAGCUCAGACUGAAUACAGCAUGGCCUUCAGUGAACUGCGAGGCUUUGAGUCUGAGAGCACAGCUGCUGAUUCGGUUUCCAUGCGCUCAUCCAUUUCUUCACGAUCAACACGCUCAGGACUCAAACGUCAAGCCUCAACGUUCAGACCUUUGAAGCCAGAUAAGACUGCAGAGAAGACAAAGUCUCGUAGGAGACAUGUGAGAACUGUUGUAGGAAUUCCUCGACACAUCCAGAGAGAACUGGGUUUGGACAGGGCAGCAUGGAUCACCACCAGUCCUCUUGAUGGAGACAUGAUCAUACCCACCAUAAUUUCCACUGUGGAUGGUGUGUCUUUCAGCUCUGAACAAGAAAGUGUACAAGACCAUCUACAAGUUGUGCAGAACCUGUACACUGUUAAGGAAAACAAUGCAGAGCUCCUCACACUGACAAAACCUAAAAAUGACAUCUUCCAAGGGCUCAUGAACCAUUCUGUAGAUCCAGAAAAGUCAGGAGCAGGCAUUCUAGGUGUUCCUUGGACAGAGAACCAAACUGGUGCGGUGAUGUCCAUCUCACCUCAGGCCACAUACAUGUCUAAAAUCAUUCCAAAUGCUGUUCUUCCACCAUCUGUGGAUGUUGUGGAAAUCAGUCGGAGCCAAAGUCGCAGCAGUGUCCGAACCGUCAGCAAGAGCAGUCUGGUGUCAGCCAGCCCAGCAUCCACACGUGCUUCCUCCAGAGUCUCUUCACAUCGUUCCACAGCCUGCUCACACUACUCUGGGUGGAGCCACUCGGGAUCGUCAGAAACACUAGUAUCAGAUUCUUCUACCAUCUCCAGCAGUAGCACUCCCCGUGUGGCCAGCAGAGGGAGUCAGGUUGAAAACACUGAUAGACCAGCCAAGCUGAAAAAUGAUGGUUCCCAUGUUAAAACUACUCAUGUGAAUGGGGGCUCUACAGAGGAGGAGGAUAGCAGAAAAACAGGAUCUGCUGCUGCUUUCACACGUAACCUAUCAGUGAUUAAAAGGGGAAACAAACCUCCAGCUCCUCCCAGCAGGUCAUACUCUUUACACAAUGGGAAACAGGCCUGGAAGGCAUCUAAGAGUAAUACCUAUUUUGCUGAUGUCAGCACUCCAGAUGAGUCCCCAUACCCAGGUGUAAUUUCUGUAUCUAAAACGAAGGCCACCAUUCACAAGUUGAGCCCUAAAAUAGGCAUACCUUCCUCCAGUGGACCCACAACUAUCACAUCAGAGGAGAGCCAGCCAGUCAGCAGAAACAAGAAAACAAUGUUACCUGAAAUAAAGAUAUACAGCAAUAACCUUCAAGUGUCUUCCAUUGAUGCACCCUAUUCAUACACAAAUGGCACCAGUAAGCUUGCUGAACUUAAGAACACCCUUCUGUCAAAAAGUCUAAUUAAUAGUAACAGUUCCUCCCCAGCUGUAAUGGCUCUCCGAUCUCUGUUUGAGAUUCCCUCCCACCCCAAAGUACUGGCUCCGCCAGCUCCUCCUCCUGAGACCUGGGCUCACAACCAACGAACUUUUGAACUGCUGUGUGGACCCGGACCUGUUAACUAUGCACGCUGGGCCAAAAAGAGAGGUCUUAAAAUAGCAGAUGAACCAGAAGUAGCCUUGGCAAACGCUGACCGAGUAAAUGCAACAUCUCUAUUGCAGGCAGUAGAGAUAAAAGGCAAAAUUGAAUCCAUAGCACCAUUUGCUUGUGUUGCCCCAUCUCCAUCACCUCCCCCAGAACAUUGCCCACCAAUACCAUACAACAGCCAAGCCAUACCUCCUCCACCCCCUCCAGACUUUGUUCCUCCAACUCCUACCCUAGCUGCCAAAGCAAUAAAGGACUUAACUAGUUGGAUCCCUCCACCUCCUCUGUUUCCUCCUCCGGCGCCUCCAGCAGGUACGGCUUCGGCAACUCCUAUCGCUGUGCAAAAUGAUACCGACUUUCCUCCACCGCCCCCACCAUUUUCGCCAGAGUUUUUACUGACAAUGCCUCAAUUACCUCCAGAUAUUCCCUUGCCACCGCCGCAGGAAGUUCCACCUCCACCAAGACCACCUUCUGAACCACAGAAAAUCCCAUCCCCUCCACAAGAAUCUUCAACACACAAUGUGUUAGUAACAUCAUCUGAAACUUCUCAACAAAUCAACGUUCCUCCACCUCCUCCACUGCUCACUGAUGUAAGAUCUCAACGAGUCAGUGUUUCUCCACCUCCUCCUCCACUACGUACUGAUGUAAUAUCUCAACAAGUCAGUGUUCCUCCCCCUCCUCCUCCACUACCUAGUAAUGUAAAAAUGGAGGACAGACUAGAGACAACAGAAUCAGAAAAACGGACGAGCACUCCCUCUCCUGCCAAAGAGGAGACCUCUGGUCCUUUGGUCACCCAGUCUCUCCUACAGAUGGUUCAUCUUAGGUCAGUUAAGUCCAAUCAGAGCCUUGCUGUAGAAACUGAUAAAACAUCACAACCCAAACCUAAAUCAAGUGGCAAUCAAGAGGCACCUCCAAAGCCAAUCAGAAGGUCUUUGAUUAUAACAUCAUUGCCCCCUGAUGUGGAAGCUCUUUCCAACACAGAGCAAAAAACUGAAGCUUCGUCCCUCAACACAAACGCAACCACUGUAUUAAGUACUCAGCAAGGAUCAUCUGAACGAGAAACUCAAUCAAAUAAGAUUUCUCAACAAACAGAAAAAACAAUACUUGAGCCAAAUGUUCCAUCAGCUACAUGUCCACCUACCGAACCAAGUAACAAUCCAGCUCCUCCUGAACCAGCAACUAAACAACCCUGUGCUGAAAUAGAACUCAAACCCCAAACCCUCAUGGAACAAAUUCAACAUUUAGUGCCUGACCCAGCAACCCUGCUAAGCACAACAGAACCAAACGACCAAUCAAUCAAAGAGCAAAAGUCUCAACAUCAGGCACAAGAACCCAAAAAGACCCCACAUAAUUCAGAGAAGCAAUUAAGCAAUGUUGAAAUGCACUCAAAGGUAGAAGAGGAGCAGCCAAAGACCCAAACAGCAAUGCCUAUUGUCUCUUCCACACCUCCCAUAGUCUCUUCGCCAGCUAACCCCUCCAUGCGUCUCCAGGAUGCCAUUCGUCUAAAGGCUGCCACUAUGUCUUCAAAAGACAACCAAGCCAAGCGUUUUGGUCUGUGCUCCCCUCCCCCAGCCAUGGCUAGUGGCACCACUGUACCAAACUCCCCUGCAUCUACAGCCAGCUUCGUCUUCUCCAAAAGCCCAAAGAAUAGAGAAAAAAAGCCCAUAAUAGAGACACCAUCAUCCUUAGAGGUUCAGGGUGACCUGAGGAAAACUCUGGUGGCAGAGUUAGCAUCUGUCUCUGAUUUAGCCAAGUCUACUGACUCGCACAAGAUGGCUAACAAAGUUCCUCCACCUAUUGCUAAGAAACCCAACACUAAGGUUGAGAGAGUUGCUCAGAACUCUGCAGAGGCCGAAUCUGUAGCCAAGACUGAGCAUGUGUAAACAGAAACUGUACAAACUGCCGGACAGGAAGUACAGAGAACUAUGAGAAAAGAAGUGAAUGAACGUGCACAAAUGAUUAAUAACCCUUGAGUUUUUGCUUUAUUUUGCAGAUAAACCAGGCUUUAGAUCCUAGGCCCAAACUGCUUAAGCAAUUUUUAAAUAUACCAAAAAAGUCUUUAUGUACAGAUAGGCAUAUUGCACUUUUUGUACACUGGUUUAGUGUUACUGAUUCUCAUUCAUCAUGGGAAUGCAUGUCACUGGUAUUUGGAAAUUAUAAAUAUUCUUAUUUUAUUUAUAUGUCCUCAGACUUAAACAGAAGCCAUGCUACCUUCUAGUUUAGUGAACUCCUCCCUACUGGUAGCACUAUAAUAACUGUGUGGCAACAUAGCAGGAACGCACCAAAAGAGAAGUUUGUAAGUUUAUAAUGGAAUUGAGCAAUCAAUCUCUAUGCUGGAUUUUUACAGAUAUCAAUGAAUGACUGAAUAUGGGAGCAGUACGAAAGGAAAUUAAGGUAAAGAAUGUAAAGAAGGUGAACAAAAAGACAGAGAACAGAUGGGAGAAUAGACCACUUGUUUUGGGGUGGGGGUUGUGACUAUUCUGUUUUCCAUUUGCAGAGUGUAGCUAAGCCUAUUUUUACUAAAACGCCAACUCCUUAAAGGUAAUGUUAAUGACAUUCCCCA